AUGACCAGCAUAAACUGGCGGACGAUAAACAUCGACGCCUACGACCCAGAGUCCGCCCUUAAUUUCCCUCUCACCACUCUCUUACCCGCUAAUCUUCCUGCACCCUCCACCUCCGCCGAAUCCGCACAAAUCGGGCAACAAAUCCGCCAACUGCUCCGGGCAGGAGACAGUCUCGGUGCAUUACAAUCAGCCCUCGAAACUGCUCCGCUGGCCGGCGAUGAAUCUGCCAAACAAGUCCACCUCACCACCGUCCUCGAAGUUCUACAGGGCAUCCGACAGAGCGAUGUCAGCCGGAUCCUGACCGAAAUGCUGAGGCAGCCUGGUGGUGCGGCCCUGGGAGAUACAUUGAUGAAGUACAUUUACAAGGGCAUGGCGAGUGGGACAAGCAGCAGCGGUGGGAGUAAAGGGAUGAGUCCUCAAGCGACGGGGUCGGGGUUCAGUCAGAUACAGGCGAGAAAUUUUGGGGAGGGUGGAGGUGGACAAGUCAUGAGUGUGCUGUUGAGUUGGCAUGAGAAAUUGACAGAGGUCGUCGGCGUUGGCGGGAUUGUCAGGGUCAUGAGCGAUCGAAGAACUGUAUGA